AUGGGCUUAUCAGCCAGUCCGUACGCCACCGAGCUUCACGCCGCCGUCCUUUCCGGUCGAAUCCUCGCCGUCCGUAGAUUCAUCGACCGCGGCGCGCGCGUGACGGCGCGCGACAAGAUUGAUCGCACCCCUCUGCACUGGGCGGUCGCUGUGGGCCUCGAAGACAUCGCGAAGAUCCUCCUUAUAAGCACUCCUCCGCGCUCCUUAAAAGCCGGUGAUAAGUACGGCCGAACGGUCCUUCACUACGCCGCAGCGUCGGGAAAUGUUUCUCUUGCCCGCGUGAUGAUCAACCGCGGCGCGUCGGUGAACGCGGAAGAUCAACGGCUGGUAACGCCGCUCCAUCUGGCGGCGGAGCAGGUGAAUCCUGAGAUGGUGCAGCUCCUGCUGGGCCACGGCGCGCUGUGCGGGGCGGCGGACGCGGAAGGGCGGAACCCGCGGGAUUACGCGGAGCGGGUGGGCAGCGCGCACUGCGCGCGUCUGUUGCGUGAGGCGGAGGAAAGGACGGUGGAUCGUUCGGCUGCGAAAGCUACGGCGGUGGUGGCAGCUUAUGAUUCGAAGGAGAAUACAGGGGGAUUAAGGGAGGGUGAGACAGGUGCAUUGUUAACAUCAUCACACGCGAACGCAGCAGCUGCUUCUGCAAGUCCUGCCGGUUCCGAUGCUCCCUCGCAGCUUCGGGUUCCGAUGGCGAACCUGGCGAACGUACCUGCAGCAGAUACGGCGACGAGGGGCAGUCGGAUGGGAGCAGACCCGCUUAAAGCAGCAGCACGGGAAGGAGUGGCAGAGGAGAGGCGAUUGGCUGCAGGGGGGAUCUCUUCCGAGGCUAGUUUCCGCGAUUCUGUGCCGCCUGAGUGUGCUGGGAGGUUGGGUGCAGGGGAGGAGGGAUUCAGCAGGAGUGGUUUUGUAGGCGUGCGGUGUGGGGAAAAGCCGAGCGCGGGCUGGGACGAAGGCUGGGGUGUGUUGGGGCUGCUCGGAGCGUUUUGA